AGACCAAAGUUUUUUUCUAAAGUUGCUCAAUCCUUCUUAAAAAAAAAAAAAAACAUAAUGCCAAAAAAGAAUCCUACCCCAAAUCUGCACCUCUCUCAUCUUCAUCUUCACUAUUUGUAACCCUAAAUCUAUCUAAAGCUUGUAUCUUUCUCUCUAUUUGUCUGCUUCACACCUACAAAAGCUCUAACAUUUAAAUCGCCGUAGUUGGAGGAGCUAUCAGUUUCUCAUUUUGAAUUUCCCAAGGAGAUCUGAAAGUUUUAGACUUUAUUUUUGAACCGAUUCCAUCAUCAUUAUCAUCAUAGUCCGAUCAUCGUUCCUUUGUGAAGAUCACUUAAGGCAAAAGAUCUUCUUACUCUUUGUAUGGAGUAAGAAUGCCAGAGUUAAGAAGCGGAGCACGUAGAUUGAGACAACCUAACCCUCAGGCGAUUGAUCAGGCGGAAAAUAUUGAGCUUCCUCGUCAGCCUGCAACAAGGAGAAGAGGUGGUGGUAGAGGAAGGGGAAACGCUGCUCCUCCGAGACCCACUGGUGCUGCUGCUGGUAGGGGUCGAGGCGUCAGGUUAAUAGAUUUAGAGGCAGAGCCUGUAGUAGGUGAACCUGCUUUUAAUCAAGUCGCAGGUGUAGCAGCUGAUAAGGAUAACGCUAUGGAAGGUGGUAGCGCUGAUAAAGUAGUUGGUGUUGAAGAAGAUUUAAGCUCAGCUCCUGUCCCUGAAAGGGUACAAGUUGGAAACUCUCCUGUUUAUAAGACUGAAAGGAAGCUCGGUAAGGGAGGCUUUGGUCAAGUUUUUGUUGGUAGAAGGGUGAGUGGUGGCAGCGAUAGGAUUGGUGCAGAUGCAGUUGAGGUGGCUCUGAAAUUUGAGCACCGUAAUAGCAAAGGAUGCAAUUUUGGCCCACCUUACGAGUGGCAAGUGUACAAUACGCUCAACGGUUGCUAUGGAGUUCCUGCGGUACAUCAUAAGGGUCGUCAAGGAGAUUUUUACAUUCUUGUCAUGGACAUGCUUGGUCCAAGUCUCUGGGAUGUUUGGAAUUCUUCAGGGCAAUCGAUGUCUCCUAACAUGGUAGCGUGCAUUGCAGUUGAGUCCAUAUCUAUUCUUGAGAAGUUUCAUAUGAAAGGGUUUGUCCAUGGAGAUGUGAAGCCCGAAAACUUUUUACUGGGUCAACCCGGAACUGCUGAUGAGAAAAAACUCUACCUUAUCGAUCUUGGUCUAGCAUCAAAAUGGAAAGAUUCGCACUCAGGCCUGCAUGUUGAAUAUGACCAAAGACCUGAUGUGUUCAGGGGAACAAUAAGGUAUGCAAGUGUUAAUGCACAUCUAGGUCGUACUGGAAGCCGGAGAGAUGAUCUGGAGUCGUUGGCUUAUACUUUAAUUUUCCUCUUGAAGGGAAGAUUGCCAUGGCAAGGCUUCCAGGGUGAUAACAAGAGCUUUCUUGUUUCCAAGAAAAAGAUGUCAACUUCUGCUGAGCUGAUGUGCUGUUUCUGUCCACCACCGUUUAAGCUAUUCCUCGAGGCAGUCACUAACAUGAAGUUCGACGAGGAGCCUAACUAUGGGAAGCUUAUUUCACUUUUCGACACUCUAAUUGAGCCGUGCGCUCUAUCUAGACCAAUUAGAAUUGAUGGGGCUCUAAAGGUUGGGCAAAAACGAGGAAGAUUGCUUCUUAAUCUGGAAGAGGAUGAACAGCCGAAGAAGAAAAUCAGAAUAGGCAGUCCUGCUACUCAAUGGAUCUCAGUCUAUAACGGUCGUCGUCCCAUGAAACAGAGAUAUCACUACAACGUUGGAGAGACGAGGCUUCACCAGCAUGUACAAAAGGGCAAUGAAGAUGGACUUUUGAUUAGCUGUGUAGCAUCAGCAGCUAAUCUUUGGGCCCUCAUUAUGGAUGCUGGAACUGGGUUUACUUCUCAAGUUUAUGAGUUGUCACCGGUCUUCCUUCACAAGGAUUGGAUAAUGGAACAAUGGGAAAAGAACUUCUAUAUAAGCUCCAUAGCUGGUUCAGAUAACGGGAGCUCGUUAGUUGUUAUGUCAAAAGGAACUACAUAUUCUCAGCAGUCAUACAAAGUGAGCGACUCAUUUCCAUUCAAGUGGAUAAAUAAGAAGUGGAAAGAAGAUUUUCAUGUAACCUCCAUGACAACUGCUGGUAAUCGUUGGGGUGUGGUAAUGUCGAGGAACUCUGGCUUCUCUGAUCAGGUGGUGGAGCUUGACUUUUUGUACCCAAGCGAUGGGAUACAUAGGAGGUGGGAGAAUGGGUAUAGAAUAACAUCAAUGGCAGCAACUGCAGAUCAAGCAGCUUUCAUAUUAAGCAUACCAAAGCGUAAAAUGGUGGAUGAAACUCAAGAGACUCUCCGCACCACCGCUUUUCCAAGUACUCAUGUCAAGGACAAAUGGGCGAAGAAUCUGUACAUUGCAUCAAUAUGCUAUGGCAGGACAGUGUGCUGAUACACACUUAAGCAUCAUGUGGAAAGCCAAAAACAAAUGGAGCGAGCCUCAGGGUCGUCAUAAUACCAAUCAAAGACGUAAAACCUGACGCAACCUCUUUGGUUGAAUGUAAUGAAAGGGAUGUGUCUUGGUUAUGUAUGUACGAGUAACAAAAGAGAAGAUGGAAUUAGUAGUAGAAAGAUUUGGGAGCUUUUUUAAGCCCUUCAAUUGUGCGCUUAUUUUUUUUGUUAACAUCCAUUUGCGUUGUUCAAUGCAUCUCUAGAUUUGUUCAUGUUUCUUUUUUCAGUGUCUGAUAAGUGAAAUGUGAGAAAGCCAAACCAAACCAAAAUAUUCAAAUCUUAUUUUUAAUAGUGUUGAAUCAAUCGGAGUUGCCACCAUCUGUGCCAAUUAUGUUGAAUCUAUCACACUAAAAAAAAACAUUUCUUCAAGGUGAUGACAUGUGGACUAUGUUCUGAAUUCUCAUUUUAUUUUUUGAAGUUAAGUUUUUACCCUACUUUUUGAAAAAUAUCGUUCAUAAGAUGUCACGCCAGGACAUGAGCUACACAUCACACACAGCAUGCAGAUGCGGACGAUUUGUCACUCGCUUCAAACACCUAAAAGCUUCUCUCUCACAGCGCACACACAUAUGCAUGCAAUAUUUACACGUGAUCGCCAUGCAAAUCUCCAUUCUCACCUAUAAAUUAGCGCCUCGGCUUCACUCUUUACUCAAACCAAAACUCAUCACUACAAAACAUACACAAAUGGCGAACAAGCUCUUCCUCGUCUCGGCAACUCUCGCCUUGUUCUUCCUUCUCACCAAUGCCUCCGUCUACAGGACGGUUGUGGAAGUCGACGAAGACGAUACCACAAACCAAGCCGGUCCAUUUAGGAUUCCAAAAUGUAGGAAGGAGUUUCAGCAAGCACAACACCUAAGAGCUUGCCAGCAAUGGCUCCACAAGCAGGCAAUGCAGCCCGGUGGUGGUAGUGGUCCAAGCUGGACCCUCGACGGUGAGUUUGAUUUUGAAGACGACGUGGAGAACCAACAACAGGGCCCGCAGCAGAGGCCACCGCUGCUCCAGCAGUGCUGCAACGAGCUCCACCAGGAAGAGCCACUUUGCGUUUGCCCAACCUUGAAAGGAGCAUCCAAAGCCGUUAAACAACAGGUUCGACAACAACAGGGACAACAAAUGCAGGGACAGCAGAUGCAGCAAGUAAUUAGCCGUAUCUACCAGACUGCUACGCACUUACCAAGAGUUUGCAACAUCAGGCAAGUUAGCAUUUGUCCCUUCCAGAAGACCAUGCCUGGGCCCGGCUUCUACUAGAUGAUUCCAAACGAAAUCCUCGAGAGUGUAUGUACCACGGUGAUAUGAGUGUGGUUGUUGAUGUAUGUUAACACUACAUAGUCAUGGUGCGUGUUCCAUAAAUAAUGUACUAAUGUAAUAAGAACUACUCCGUAGACGGUAAUAAAAGAGAAGUUGUUUUGCUC